AUGAUCAGCAUUUUGUUUGUUUGUUUAGAUUCUGAAUAUGAAAGUCAAUGUCCAUUGAUUGCAAUAAAAAUUUUGAGAAGCUUGACUGUAAUACCAAUUGUGAAUGAAGUGAAGAUGAUUAUAAUUCCAUUAAUCAGAGAAUUACCUCCAAAUUUGGUUCGACCAUUAAUAUUGAGUUCAUUGAUGAUGGCUGUUGCUUUCCUCAUCUCGAUGAUUUAUAGUACUCUUAAGAUUACGUAUAGUUUAAUAAUGAACUUAUUUUACAUCAUAUUAGUAGUUCUUAUCAUAUCGGUAUGCCUUGGUAUUUCAAUGAAUUCCAUACCUGUACAACAAAAUUUUUAAUAGUACUUUGAGUACAUCAAAUUAUUAUACUAAUGA